AUGGCAUUCGGAAAACUUUACACCUACCCGGGUAAUCCCCGCUCAACUGCCAUCAAGGCUGUUGCGAAAGCAAACAAUGUCGAUCUCGAGAUUGUCGAGACCGAGCCAGCCAAGGGCGUUCCAGAUGAGUACUUGAAGCUCAAUGGUCUCGGAAAAGUCCCAACCUUUGUCGGUGCCGAUGGAUACACUCUUCACGAGUGUAUUGCCAUUGCUAUCUACAUAACCUCCCAGAAUGAGAAAACCACUCUCCUCGGCAAGACCAAGCAAGAGUACGUCCCUCAUACAAGAUUGAUGUUAUGCCACUAUCCUCAAGUGGAUGCCUUUUUCAACCAAGAGGUUCUCACUGCUCUUGGAGGUUGGUUCCGCCCACUCAUUGGCCGUGACCCAUACAACAAGAAGAAUGUCGACGAUGCCUCCAAAGCAUCUUUGAAGGCUGUAGGUGUCGUUGAGGACCAUCUCCUUAAUAACACCUACCUUGCCGGAGAGCGCAUUACCCUUGCCGAUCUCUUUGCCGCUGGUAUCAUCUCCCGUGGAUUCCAAUAUGUCUUUGAUAAGGCUUUCAGAUCCUCCCACCCCAAUGUCACCCGUUGGUACGAGACUGUCUACAACCAGCCAAUCUACUCCGCUGUUGUUGACAAGCUCAACUUCAUUGACGAAGCCGUCAAGUACACCCCUCCAAAGAAGGAAGCAAAGCCAGCAAAGGAACAGCCAAAGGCUGCCCCUAAACCAAAGGCCAAGGAAGUUGAGGAGGAAGAGGAGGAGGCCCCAGCAGCCCCAAAGGCAAAGCACCCUCUUGAGGCUCUGCCAAAGGCCACUCUCCCACUCGACGAGUGGAAGCGUCAAUACUCCAACAAUGAUACCCCUGAUGCUCUCAAGUGGUUCUGGGAGAACUACAAUCCUGAGGAGUACUCCUUAUGGAAGGUCGAUUACAAGUACAAUGAGGAGCUCACACAAGUGUUCAUGACAUCCAACCUCAUCGGUGGUUUCUUCGCCCGCCUUGAAGGUUCCCGCAAGUACAUCUUCGGCUGCGCUUCGGUCUACGGUGUCAAGGAUGAUUCGAUCAUCAAGGGCGCCUUUGUCAUCCGUGGCCAAGAGGCUCUUCCUGCAUUUGAUGUUGCCCCAGAUUAUGAGAGCUACGAGUUCACCAAGCUCGACGCUUCUAAGCCCGAGGACAAGGAGUUUGUCAACGAGCAAUGGACCUGGGAGAAACCUCUUGUUGUCGGUGGCAAGGAGUACCCAUGGGCUGAUGGCAAGGUCUUUAAGUAG